ACUUCGGCACAAAUGGGCCGGCUCGACCGGAGUGAUACCACGGCCUCGCAGAAAACCGACGUAGCAACGCUUGCGUUGCGUUUCGUUUUGUGAGUGAGGUUACCUGAGGGCCAAUUGCCCCACUUCCCAAUCUUCCCCAUCCCCGAUUUCCCAACAAAACUUAAAUUCUUCUCCCCUAAAAGGCCGGUACCGCACAUGUAAUGCCUCUAGUGUUUCGGGUGUCCUUGGGCGGCGGUGAUUGCUUACCACCAGGUGAUCCGUCUGAUCGUUUACCGGCUUAUACCAUAAAAAAAAAGAUUUUUUUACGUUUUUUUUAAAUAUCUGGCACCAAUUCCACACAAUAUAAAUUAUCCAAACACACAUUGUUUGGAUAAUUUUGAAAAUAAAUAUUUAAAUCAUACUAUAAAAUUGUUUUGUAAGCCGUACUUAAACUGGUAAACAAGUAGAGAUUGCUUCCUGCAAAUAGGUAUUAUUACAUCAAAUGCGAUGAUACUACUACUGUCCGUGUGUUGGUAGGCACUAGACGUGUUUUUGUAUCAGAAAAAAAAUAUCAAAAAGAUACUAAAAUUGUGCCGUAAUGAAGUGGUUAAUACUAUUAAGUCUGAUAUAUUAUCUAAGUGAUGUGGAAGGUUUAAAAGUGUUGGUAUGUUUCCCUUUACCCGUGAAGAGUUUAAGUAUUUUGGGACAAGGAGCAGUCAGGCAUCUGAUGGAAGCUGGUCAUGAUGUAACAUAUAUAACAGUGUAUCCACUGAAAUUGCAAGCGAAAAAUUUUCGUCAAAUUGAUAUCAGCAGCAACGUUGCCCUAGUUGCAAAGGAUGAAACCUUGACAAUGGGUUACGUUCUUAAUCAUAAACUGGAAAGAAACCAUCCAUAUCAGAUUCAAGAGUUUGCACAAGAAGCCGUAAGAAUGACACUUAACCAUGAAAACGUGAAAAAGCUUUUGGAAGACCCAAAUGUCCAUUUCGACGUUAUCAUUACGGACUUGAUGGAAUCAGAAGUGUAUACUGGAUUGGCGGUUUUAUACAACUGUCCCAUGGUAUGGCUCUACUCGAUGGGGGCGCAUUGGCAAGUACUGCGAAUGAUAGACGUGGCUUCGAACCCUGCUUACGACCCGGACUACUUAUCACCAAACAUGCCUCCAUUCACAUUCGCACAAAGAGUGGAAGAACUGUGGUCGAGGAUUUAUUGGCAAUACCUUAAAACAUUCUACACCCAACCUGAGGAGCGUAGGAUCUACGAGGCGGUCUUUGGCCCUCUGAUGGCUAAACGUGGAAGAGCGCUUCCAGAUUAUGAAGAUGUCAUGUACAAUGCUUCACUGGUAUUUGCGAAUGAACAUGACGCGACACGCAACCGCUUGAGUACUCCACAGAACUUCAAGUAUAUCGGUGGAUUCCAUAUUGAGGAACCGGUGAAGCCACUGCCAAAGGAUCUUCAAGAGCUCAUAGACAAUUCAAAACAUGGCGUCAUAUAUUUCAGUAUGGGUUCAUUUUUGAAAAGUAAUUCUUUGCCAAGGAAACUGGUCAUGGAAUUACUUCAGAUGUUCGGAGAAUUGAAACAAACAGUUAUUUGGAAAUUCGAGGAUAAUAGUUUGCAAGAUGUCCCGAAGAACGUUCAUAUUGUAAAUUGGGCUCCACAACCGAGUAUUUUAGCUCAUCCGAACGUCAGAAUGUUCAUCUCACACGGAGGUCAGCUCUCUUCUUUAGAAGCCAUCCACUUUGGAAAGCCUGUCAUUGGAGUACCAGUAUUCUUCGACCAGUUCACCAAUAUUUUUAAAGCAGAACGAAAUGGAUAUGCUCUAAGAGUGCCAUUGUCCCAUAAUUUGCCAAAAGACUUGAAACCUGCCAUUACUACGAUGUUAACUGAUGAUCGUUAUGCCAAGAAAGCCAAAGAGCUGUCGGCCCUCUACCACGAUCGUUUGACGAAGCCAGGUCCGGCUCUCGUGUACUGGGUGGAACACGUAGUGCGCACACGGGGUGCCCCUCACCUGCGCUCUCCAGCACUCCACGUACCUUUAUACCAACGACUUUACCUCGAUCUCUUAGCAAUAAUCCUUACUAUAGUAUCUACGUUUAUGUUACUGCUAAUGAAAAUAUGCAAAAAGAAAACUAAUGUAAAAAGAAAUGAUCGCAAAAAAACUAAUUGAUUUUAGAUUAAUAAUAAUUAUAAGGAAUUGGAAGGGCAUUUUUUUACACUGUGGUCACGGGAACCAAGAUAUCUUCUCUUAUAUAUAUAUUGUACAGAAUUAUGUACUAGUAUGUAGUAAAUAGUCUAGUUAUAUUUAAUUAAAAUUGUAAAAUCUUAAA